AUGAGUUUGUACAAUGCCGCCAGUUCCGCAGGGAACAUCAUUGGUCCUUUAUUGUUCAACGCGAAAGACAAACCCGCCUAUACCCCGGGACUGCGCGCGUGUCUGGGAAUUUUCGGUGCCCUAACUGCGAUUGUCCUCAUCCAGUGGGCUAACCUGUGGGUCCUUAACAAACAACAAGCACGCCGACGUGUCCGAAAUGGCAAGAAGGCUGAGAUUGUUGACCACUCCAUGCAAAGCCAAUACCAUGGGAUGGAUGAGGGUAACCAGGAAGAGGCUGGUCAGGAGACCGUCCAGGUUGGAGAUAACGCCUUCCAGGAUCUGACCGACCGUCAAAAUGAUGAAUUUGUAUAUAUCUAUUAA